GAGGCCACCGAAGUUGUAGAGCGUCUGAUGUGUGUCCCUGGGGUGCGCUAUGACCCCUAGGUCCUACUCACCUCCUACCUGAGAUGCUUUCCAAUGCAUCUCAGGAAUCAGUUGGCAGGUGAGGCCAACAUCAAUAUGCACAACUUUCCCUCGUUUAGCAAGAAGGCCCUAGACCUUGAGGCAAAGAUAGGGUAUGGUCAGACACCCACGACGGAUGGAAGGAGAAAGUCACGGCCUCCCAACUGGAAAGUGAAGGGACGCAUCAUGUUCCUCGACAACGAUGGUUCCACCAUCGAAUUGGACGACGACUUCCAGUCGGGAGUGGGUUCAGAGGCCGGCAGCGUAGAAGCUUCAGGGGGUGGAGUAGUCGCUGCCGUAGCUCAAAAAGGCACCUUUCAGCAUGCUAUGAAUCAGAUAUUUCAUGACUACUUGGAUAAAUUUGUCAUCAUGUACCUCAAUGACAUACUUAUUUUUAAUAAGACUGUCGAGGAGCACGUUGCGCACUUGGACAAAGUCCUUCGUCUUCUUCGACAACACAAGUUCAAGAUCAACGGUGAGAAGUGUGAGUUUGGCCGCACCCGUGUCUUGUACUUGUGUCAUGAGAUUUCCACGGAGGGAUUGAAGCCCGAUGACGCGAAGGUGGCCAACAUUCGUGACUGGCCGCGUCCUCAAUCUGUGACUGAGAUAAGGUCCUUAGGGAUGACAGGCUACUACCGCAAUUUUGUUCAUAAGUACAGCAUAGUGGCCCCCCCUUUGACGGACCUAACUCGCCUUGACACCCCAUGGGAGUGGACAGACAGGUGUGAGGCUGCUUUCAGACAACUGAAGCAUGCGUUGACACACCAUGAGGUCUUGAAACUUCCUGAUCCUGUCAAACCUUUCGUAGUAACUACGGAUGCUAGCCAAUAUGGCAUAGGCGCCGUAUUUGCGCAACAGGAGGGGAAGAAGUUGAGGCCGGUAGAGUGCAUGUCCAAAAAGAUGCCCUCUCAGAAGUUGGCUAAGUCCACCUAUGAGACGGAACUCUAUGCGAUCUACAAGACGCUCACCCAUUGGAGGCACUAUCUUCUUGGGAGGUUCUUCUACGUCAGGACUGAUCACCAGACCCUGAAGUGGAUGAAAACCCAACCAGGGCUCUCCGACGCUCUGAAGCGUUGGAUUGAAGUCAUAGAGCAGUAUGACUUUGAACCCCAGUACAUCAAGGGCGAGUACAACAAGGUUGCUGAUGCGUUGUCACGUAGACCAGAUUUCUUCGGUGCGCUGAUCACUGCGUUUGGGCUUGCGGACGAUGUUACAUGCUCUAUGGUGGAAGCCUAUCGCGAGGACCGGUUUAUGUUUGAGAUCAUACGCAGACUCGAGGCGAAGGACAAAGUGACUUCUGCCGAGUUUGAGUUGGUCAACGGACUGCUGUUCCUUGAGAAGGCAGGGAAUAAACGUCUGUGUGUGCCAGAUAGGGAGUCUUUGUGUAGUUUAUUUUUAGGCGAGUGUCAUGAUGCCACCGGACAUUUUGGCUUUAAGAAGACUGCAGCCAAUCUGCUACAGCGGCUCUGGUGGCCCACGAUGAUGAGAGCUGCCAAGUUGUAUGUGGAGACUUGUCAGGUUUGCCAGAGAGACAAGCCCCGUACACAGGCCCCUCUUGGGCUCCUCAAGCCCCUUCCGAUUCCGGAGAGGCCCGGUGAGACCUUGUCCAUGGACUUCAUGGACACGCUGGUCACCAGCAAGAGUGGAAUGAGACACAUCUUUGUUAUCGUGGAUAGGUUUAGUAAGUACGCUAGGUUAGUUGCAAUGCCAGAGACAGCAAAGACCGUAUAUGUGAUUAGACUCUUCAAAGAGAAUUGGGUCCGAGACUUUGGGCUCCCAAAGUCUAUUGUUAGUGACAGGGAUGUCCGAUUCACAAGUGAGUUGUGGAAGGCUGCAGCUGCAGAACAGGGAACACAGCUGCAGAUGACUUUUGGGAACCAUCCCGAGGCCAAUGGCCAAGCAGAGCAGCUUAACUGCGAUGUACAACACCUAUUGCGGCAUUACAUCAAGCCCAAUCAGGUGGAUUGGGAUGAGAAACUUGCUUUCAUCGCCAGCUUGUAUAACGAUGCUAUGCACAACGCAACUGGAGUAAGUCCUAACAGUCUGCUACUGACUUUCAAGCCUAGACUGCCCCUAGACUUUUUGUUACCUGACAAUCAGUCAACUGCCGCACCCGGCACCCUUGAGUUUGCCUAUCGCUAUGAACAACUGAUGCAACAGGUAGUAGAACAAAUGCAUAAGGCACAAGCGGCACUGAUAGAAUGUGAGAACAGACACCACCGCCCUUCUACAUUUCAGGUAGCGGACAGAGUCUGGGUAAAAUCCUCAGAACCGGGACAGGAGCACGGGAUCUCCCAUAAGCUCAUGCCACAGUACUUCGGACCAUGGGAGGUUCUAGAUGUUGUUGGGGAAGAUCCGGAUGGGCCAUCCGAUGUUAUCCGGAUCCCUGGUCAUCUCUGCACUUACCCUAUCUUUCACGCCUCCAAGCUUGAGCCAUUCAUGGAAACUGACCAGUUUCCCUCUCGUCGCUCUAUGCUGCCCCCAACCAUGGAUGGGAAGGUCGACGUCGACGACAUUGUUGAUCACAGGGAGAUGCCAGUUCCAAGACCGACAGGCAGAGGACGUCCUCCGAAACCAAAGCUGUAGUACCGGGUUCGGUUCAGACAUGACACUGAUCGAAAGGAGGACAGAUGGUUCACACAAGAGGAACUGAUGCAGAGCGCUCCACACGU